AUGUCCAGCCCGUGCGACGCUCACACAGCGGCGCCGGACACGACCCAGCCGCCCCACCUCGAACGUCAACCCUCGUCCGCCGCGAGCGUCCGCUCAACCGCGUCGGAUGCGACCAUUACAGACCGUGACCGCGCACCCGAUCGCCGCCCGGGGCUGCUCCAUGCCCAGCUCCAUCCUCCUCACCCUCACCACCCAACGCACAAACCGCAUGCACGCAGACAGCAGGGCACAUGGGUCCCCUCGGGCACUCCUCUUGCCCCCGGUGGCGUCGGCGCAGGCUUGGCUGAACGCAUCCAGUUUGGCGGGAUGAGCUACGACUCGCUGGCCAGUAUCGGCGACAGCAGCCCCGAGCGCCGUGGCAGCCGCAGUCCCAGUCGCUCCGUCAGCUCGAGCCCCGACAGUCGCGACCGCGUGCCGAAGAAACGCCGCAGUUCCAAUGGUUGGGCAGCCGCUCGCCGUCCCGCCCCCUUGCCCGACCUGCCGCCGGCGCGGGACCUGCCAAGCUACAGCGAGGCCGAAGACGAGACCGACGAACGCGCGCAGCGCACGGCCUCCGCGGACGACUGGGAUAAUGUGCGUGACGGGUCCAUCGCGAGGCGAUCGGCCUGGCGCCGGCCUUCGCCGCAGUGGCUCAUGCCGUUUGUCCUCGGCCUGACCAUGUCCCUCGGCAUGACCAUGUCGCCUAGGGCAGAGCUGUACUUGGACCUGGCGUGUCUUGCUCACCCGCCGCGCAUGCCCGCCAGCGACGCGGGACUCGCAGAAGCGUUCUGGGCAAGCGCGAUCAGCACCGAGGCGCUCGAUCCAAAGGAAUUCUGGACUACCAUCCCCGGUGGCCACGACGGCAACCUCGACCUCGUUGGCGGUCUCAGCGGCAACCAGACUGCACCACACCUGCUCUCCCCCGGCGAGAAGUGGUUCCUCCGCGCCCACCGCGACAUGUAUCCCUCGACCCCAUCGCAGCCUGGUCGCCCCAACCAGCCCGUCCCCCUCCCGCCAGUGAGCGGCAACGAGACCCAGACGACCCCGGGGACUGGCACCGGCGGCAAUAACAAUGGCGCACCUUACCCGGAAAUCGACCCGGCGUUGUGUAAAAAGGAUGAAAAGGUGCAGGCGGCCGCGGCACGGUUGACUAUGACUCUCACGGUCAUGGCUGGUCUCCUGUCCGCCAUGACGACGGGAUACUGGGCCUCGGUGUCGGACCGGAUCGGCCGCAGGCCCAUCAUGGCCAUGGUUCAGUUCGGCCUGCUUCUCAAUGACGGCUGUUUCCUCUUCCUUGCCACCUUUCCACGCUUCAUUAUGCAAGGUGGCAUCUACGUCCUCCUUAUUGGCCCCAUCCUCGACGGAUGCCUGGGCGGCUUCUCCACAAUGUCCGCCACCUUGCACGCCUACAUUUCGGACGUGACGCCAGACGGCUCACGCGCGACUACCUUUGCGCGGCUUGGCGGUGCGCUCAUGGGCGGUUUUACCAUCGGCCCCAUUCUUGGCAGUGCCAUGAUCUCGGCCACGGGCAACAUUCUAUUCCCGUUCUACGUUUCCGUCUGCGUUCACGCCCUCUUCUCCCUCUCACUGCGCUUUAUCCUUCCUGAAUCGCUCUCGUCCGAGUCGCGUGCUGCCCUCACCAAGCGAGCCCUUGUCGCGCAGGAACGUGCCAAGGCCCGUCGCGCGGCUGAGCGCGCAUGGGAGGACGAGGGUGACAGCAUCCUCCCCUCCAUCUCCGACAUGCGCGAGGUCGUGGGUAACGCCGCCAUGCGUGUCUUCCACCCUGGCCAGUGGGCUGAACGCCGCCGUUCCCAGGCCGAGGCCGAAGAGGACGAGACCCUCAACGGUGGUGCCGAUGACAGCUCCUGGUCGCGUAUCUCCGGAGCAGUCGGCAGGGCACGCACCACUCGCCGGACAGCAGGCAACUUCCGCCGUCUGGGAAAGCAGGCCACAGGUUUCCUCAAGCCUUUGCUCAUUUUCAAGCCGCGUGUGGUCGCCGGACACGCUCACCGGGACUGGAACCUGACUCUGGUUGGCGCAUGUGCCUUCUUUACAAGUCUUCUCAUGGGUGUCAUCCAAGUCAAGUUCCAGUACGCGCUGUACGCCUUUGGAUGGGGCACCAGCCAGCUCGGCCCCUACAUGAGCCUUAUCUCUUUCUGUCGCUUGAUUGUGCUGCUGGGUCUGACUCCAGUGGCAAUGUACUACCUCAAGCCAUUCUUCACUGAGCGUACCAUCAUUGAGGACGCCUCGGAGACCACUCCCCUUCUCGACGCCGACGCAGACGACCGUCCCGCUGCGUCGUCAUCGUCCGCCCGUUCUCCCUCUGAGACCCCAGACUCCACCGACAAGCCCAAGCCGAAGCGCAGCGCCGCCCUGGAUCUGCUGGUUCUCCGUGCCGCCAUCGCGGUCGAGACUGUAGGUUAUACCCUCCUGGGCUUGAACGCGCACGCGUCCGUCACAGUCUUCAUCGCCUCCUCGGCUGUAGUCACCCUCGGCUCGCCGACCCAGGCGGCCUGUUCGUCCUUGGCCCUGUCCUUCAUCCCCCACUCGCGCGAGGCCGGUCGUCUGUUUGGCGGCCUCGCCGUCCUCCAGGCCCUGGCGUCGGCGCUGAUCUCGCCCAUUCUCUUCUCCAACCUCUUCGCAGUGUCGGUCGGGUGGUACGCGCCCCUCGUUUUCCUCCUCGCCGCCGGUGUCCUGGUAUGCGCCCAGAGCGCCAUUGCGUUUAUUCGCCUCCACCCACACUCGACUGACGAGGAGCGGGCACGCGGCCGGGCCAAGGCUCGCGGCAAGCGGCGCGCUGUGCACCAGGACGAGUGA